AUUGCUACAUCGAAUCGUUGGGGUGGGAGAAACAACCCUUCCGCACCCGCGAUUUCUCCAUACCCACUCCUGUGGAAUUCCACUCUGUCUCAACUGCAGGGGACCUGCCCAAUCCAUGUGUCCCACUCUUGCACGUACUGAACAAUGGACUUCAUUUUCCGCCAAUUCUUAGCUUUUUUUAUCCUUCCCGCUACACGACUUUCAGCUAUUUCCCAAUUGGCUUUGUGCAGAGUCAUGUGGGUUGACGCGGUUCCACGUUAAGUAUGUAACAGCCCCGCCAGAUACUCUUGUGUUAAACUCUAGCAACUGAUAGAUUCCUCACCGAGCAGCGACUCCUUCUGCUCACUUCCAGUAUGAUCAAAUGGGAAAUGAUUGACAUCGGGCUGAUCCAGAACAGAAUACAGCCAUCAAGGAAACUGAGACCUUCAAAUGUAAUUGUGAUGCUUUCAUUGAUUACCCUAAUAAGAUCUACAAUUUUGCCAAUUGGCUUAAAGAACAGAACAUUCUCUUUCGUUUCAUUGACUGGAACUUACGUGGAAUUGCUCAGGUGAUGUUUGUCAACAAUUCAUUCAGUGGUAUUAUUAUCUUGGCCGGUUUAAUUAUGCAGAAUCCAUGGUGGGCACUGAAUGGCAUCGUGGGCACUAUGUUCUCAACGCUGUCUGCAGUUUUGCUCGGUCAGAACAGAUCCCAAAUUGCAACAGGACUUCAUGGCUACAAUGGCAACUUGGUUGGCCUUCUGCUGGCUGUUUUUUCUAAUAAAGGAGAUUGGUAUUGGUGGCUGCUUCUGCCUGUGUUUGUCAUGUCAGUUGUCUGUCCUGUGCUUUCUAGUGCAUUAACCUCCGUGAUGAAAAAUUGGGACCUGCCAGUAUUCACUCUGCCGUUCAAUAUUGCUGUAUGGAUGUAUUUGGCUGCUACAAGACACAAUAUUUACCUUCCCCAGAAUUUUAUUCAACCCAUAAAUCCAUCACCAAACUACACAUGGUCAGAGCUCAAUGUUCCAAUGCUUCUGAGAGCUAUUCCAGUGGGAGUUGGGCAGGUUUACGGCUGCAACAAUCCCUGGGCUGGCGGCAUUUUCCUUGUUGCAUUGGUUAUCGCAUCUCCUAUCGUCUGCCUGCAUGCUGUAAUCGGAUCGUCUCUUGGUAUAUUAGCAGGAUUAUCCCUGGAUUCACCAUUUCAGAAAAUCUACGAUGGAUUGUGGAGCUGCAACAGUGUCCUGGGUUGUAUUGCAGUGGGUGGAAUGUUCUAUGCCCUGACAUGGCAGACCCAUCUUUUGGCAAUACUAUGCGCAAUUUUCUGUGCAUAUUUAGGCGAAGCGCUGAUGAAUACAAUAUCUGUGAUUGGAUUACCUGUAUGUACUUGGCCGUUCUGCCUUUCUACAAUUAUUUUUCUUCUGAUGACCAGUAACAACAGAGCAAUUUAUAAAUUGCCACUCAUCAAAGUCACCUGCCCUGAGGAGAACAGAAAGUUUUACAAGGAUAUGCGUAAACAUGAACAACCCGAAUGAAUUGAUGCAUAAUUUAAAAAUCUUAAUGGAUUAUCUAUGUUUUAUACCUGUGCAAACCACAUUGUUUACCUCGUUCUUUCAUGCUAUUUGAUAUUUUCAAUAGUACAUGUUAAAGCUUUAUUUAAUUUUUGAUUAUCAAGAAGUCAAUGAAGAUGCUACCAUUUUGGGGUACCUUUUCAUGUUAACUGAUAACAUUAUGCCAAAGAG